UAUUGCGCUCCCACUUUUCUUUGUGGCGCACUGACCGCGCGCAGUCCAAGCUCCACACAGCGUACGUAUACGUAAACGCGAUACAGUACAGGCAGAAACAGGCGGCUUGCAGUACGUUUUAUAGCAUGCAUUAUGUACGUACGUAUACAUAGGUAUAUAUAGCUCUAUAUAGGUGCAAAUAGUGGCCGAGCCGACGUCGGGAUAGACGCGCUUACGCUGGGGCAGUCGCGAGUAGUGGUAGGCAGUAGCGAGCGCGAGGCACAUGCGCCAGCAGCAACUCGACUAUAUUCAUCGAGCGCGCGCAUAUACAUACAUCCUACUCUCGGAGCAGCUCGACGAGGCACGAGUUCGGCCCGAUAGUAGUUGAGUUGGUCGUCGAGCACGCAGACGCGCGCCCGCGCCCUACGCACAAACGCGCACGCUUACUCCGCUCGACGACGCUUCUCUCCCUGCGCGACUGCGACCUCAACACACAUUAUUACUACUACUACUACUGUAACAUCAGUGGUACAAAGAUAAAUACAAAGGUGCAGUGCUAUCGUGCUUUUUAGUCCUCGUUCGCGCAUAUGCAACGAAGCUGCGGGAAAAAGCUCCCGAGCUAGUCCUGCCUAGUAUUAACAAGUGAGAUUUUUGUGCUCGUGUAUACGCCAUGCCAACGAUUGGCCAAGUGCAGAAAGGAUCGACGCUAGUUACACUAUCGACUUUGUCGUCGCUCCCUUUUUCUUCGUCGCGCUCUCCUCGGUGCUGCUGCUCGAGGUGCCGUCGGGGGUGCACGGACUAGGGUGCAUAACUACGACGUUUGCCAGCCAGCCGCAUAUCCGCACGGGCGCACGCCUUUUCGCGCUACAACAGCAGCAGUAAAAUUAUCACUAACUGGCAGCGAGCCAGCUGCCAAAGACAUCAUGACGACGGAACUCGUCCAGAUGCAGCCCUCGAGGAGGCACACGAGGAGCGCCUCGGCUGGUAGGAUACCCCGAAGUAUUCGCCUCAACGCCAGCCACAGCAGCGCUGGCAGCAACUCCUCGAGCAUGACCAAGUCGGCGAUCGGAGCCUCGGCGCUCGCCACCUCGCAGACGAGUACGAGUACGACGACGACGACGAACAGCAUGACGCAGUCGUUGACAAGGCCCAGUAGCAGCAGGCCGACCAGCGCCUCGCGUCGCAGGUUCAUCAACAAUUACAGCCAAUCGGUCUUUCGUCAGCGCACCAAGAGCGACGACAAUUCCGAGCUCUCGGCCGAGAUCAUUAUCGGCGCCAGAAAGACUGGCAAGCUCUGCUUGGCCUCCAAAGGUCUCUCCGCAGUGCCCGACAGAGUAUGGACUAUCAACGAGCUGACGGAUCAGGAGCUGAGAGAUUUGCAAGUCGAUCUGCGCAACGCCGACAGCUGCACCAAAUGGUGGGAGUACGAGGCCCUCAAGUCUCUGGAUCUCAGUUCCAAUAGCCUUACUAAAUUGAGCCCGGAUAUCAAGUAUCUCGGCGAUCUAGUCAAUUUGGAUUUACACGACAAUCUGCUGGAAAGCGUACCCGAGGAAAUCGGCAGCCUGACGAAACUGAGAAAGCUCAACGUGUCCUCGAACAAGCUGAAGCAUUUAGGCGCGGACUUCUUCAAACUGGCCGAGCUCAGAUGCCUCGAUCUCAAGUGCAACCUCAUCAAAGAGUUGAACCCCGCGGUCGGCGACUUGGUCAUGCUCGAGUACCUGAACUUGUCUUGGAACGGUCUGACGUCGCUGCCGGCCGGCCUCGGUUACCUCGUGCGCUUGAUCGCCCUGGAUCUGAAUCACAAUCAACUCAAAGAACUUCCACCGGAUAUAAUGAGCAUGAGAGCUUUGAAGAAGCUCGACGUCAGCAACAAUUGCCUGGAGAUCGUUCACCCGCUCGGCGAAUUGGGCAAAAUCGAGCGAUUGGACUUUCGCUGGAAUUGUCUGAGAACGUUUCCGGAUUUGAGAGGCUGCGCGUCGCUGCAAGAACUGCAUCUGUCUCACAACGGCAUCAGGGAGAUCGACGUCAACAGUCUCGAGAGCCUCGGUCAAUUGAAGAUCAUGAAUCUCAGCAAUAACGAGAUCGACUCCAUACCCGAGGAAAUAAUCAUGCUUAUCAACGUCGAGCUGUUGGAUCUGUCUUACAACGACAUAUCUGAAAUUCCAAAUUGCAUCGGGGUGAUGCCAAAUUUACAAAACUUCGUGAUCGACGGCAACAGAGUGAAAAACGUCAGACGCGACAUUGUGCAGUGUGGCACUCCACGCAUCAAAAAUCAUCUACGGCAAACGAUCAAUCCGACCAACGACGAGACGGCCAAUUCGCCGCUGAGAACCUGUCAUCCCAACACAUAUCCGGACAAUUUUUUGCCGGCCAGGUACGCGAUGCGCAACGCCAAACUGCUCAGUCUGGUCGGUCAAAACGUCGUCGAGGUACCCGAGGAAGUUCUGGAGAAUGCCCGAGAAGCCGAGGUCACCUGCAUCGAUCUCAGCCGAAACAAGCUGCAAGAGCUGACCGAGGGCCUCGGCAAAAUAGUCACGACGACCGAUUUGAAACUGUCGUACAAUCUACUGCAGGAGCUACCCGAUUGGCUGGGCGACUCGCUUUCGAGGCUCAAGCAUCUCGAUCUCAGCAAGAACUUGCUAAAGACGCUCCCGGCCAGUUUUUCUCUGCUCCAGCAACUAGUCGAACUCAACAUUUCCUUCAAUAAAUUUGAAGAACUGCCUGAUUGCAUCUACCAACUUGAAAAUUUGGAAAUACUCACGGCUAACGACAAUAAAAUGUCGACGAUCAAUGCAGCUGCGUUGGGAAAUCUCACAAGGCUGGCAAAUCUAGAUUUGUCUAACAAUAAUAUUGGAUAUGUUCCACCAGAACUUGGGAACCUGAAAAAUUUGAGAAACUUGUCAUUAAACGGAAAUUGUUUCAAACAACCAAGGCAAGCAACCCUAAUGAAAGGAACGGAAGAAAUUUUGGCCUACCUCCGAAACCGAAUUCCAGUGUCUCGGUCGUAAAUGAAAGUUUUUUAAAAAUAUUGUCGACGGAAAAACUUUCAUAAUGAAAUAUAAUGUACAAAUGAUUUCUACAAACCAAAAAUAAUAAUUAAUAUUUCAUACGUAAAUGAUGUAUUAUUCUGUCGCAGCAAAUAUUUAAAUCAUAGAGUAUCAUUCUUAGGUGCGAAAAAUAUCGACAAACGAUUAGCAGAAUUAAGUCUUCAAUGCACAUUUAAACGAUGCAUCUUCAAUAGUAAAUAAUAGAUUUUUAAUUCUCGUUAAUAUGGACAAUGUUUCAGAUUAUGGUACUAAUUAAAAGGCAAAUCAAAAUAAAACGUAGUACAAAUCGCUAAAAAUUAUUAAAACUAGUAUAUUAAGAUUAUAAUGCAUUGUUAAUGAAUCGUCUUUAGUUUGUACAUUUUUGAAAAAGUAUUAUUUUUGUUAAAGUCCAAUCAUGCAGUAAUUUUAACUCAGAUUUGUAUGAAUGAAUCAAUGAUUGCGCAGAUGAAUGCUAGAUUGUUAUUAAAUAAUGCCAUUACGACCAAAUAUUAAAAUGUUUAAAUAAUUAAAAUAAUAAAAGUAUACAAAGUUAUGUAAAAAAACAUUGCAUAAGUUGAAUAGACUAUAUCAACUAAUGUAAAUAAACGGUGUGUCAAACAUAAUAUUCGUUAUAAAUUUUUAGGUCAAAAAAUAUUUAUUUUACCAUUCAUUUUCUUAUACUUAUAAAGUAUAAUUUAUCUUUAGAUUUUAAUACUAUAAUCAUGUUAUGUACAUUUUUCAAUAACAAAUUAUUGAUUAAGUUGA